AUGGAAGAGAAUGAUAACCUGUUUUCUGAUUCUUUCUACUCGUCGCAUUCGAUGAACAAUUCGGAACACGCGCGAAACCUCCGAAACUCGGUUAUAUUCGAUGGAUCGUCCGAGAACCCAUCACCGGAACGGAAUACGUACCAGACGGGCAACACCAACGUCGAUGUUAGCGGAACCGACGCAAGUGUCGAUUACGCGUCACAUUUACACGGUUCCUCUGACGAAACAGACGAACCUUCAUCACAGACAAAGACAUUGAAAAUGACACCUUCUCCCUCGUUGAGUGCUUUGGCUGGGAUCUUGAACGAAAAGUCCAAGCGGGCCGACGAAAAAAUGAAGCAAGGACUUGGUUUAGCUGGAACCAUAGUCGAAGAAGAUUUCGGUGAGCCUGCCAACUACAAUCCCAACUCUCCUAAUCUGAUAGAUAUCGAUGAUCACUCGCCCGAAAAUUUCAGCCGGCAAUACAUCAGCGAUGCCUAUUCAACGCGUGAACAUCAGCCUGAUUUUCUGAACACACCGAAAACCGAGCCUCCGACGCCGCGCGUUGAGCCCACGGAACAUUCGUUUACGCAUGAGGGCUCUUCUGUAGACGCAAACAGUAGCACCAUGACAACCGAGCGUCAAGAGCGGGUGUCAGUCUCCGUGCUCCCAAGGAAAUCUACAGUUAGCAAUGAAACUUCAUCUAAGAGAUCUGUGUCCGAUUCAGCGAAACCGCAAAAAGCAGAACAACCCAAAGCGGAACGGGCCAAAGAAAAGAAGAAGAAAAAGAGCUUAUUGUCGUUUCUGAAAAGGAAACCUCCGAAAUCAAGGUCUUUUGUGGUCGAAGACACCAAACAACAAAAUUCCUUGCCGACUUCGUCUACUUUUUCCGUGGCCAAUUCGUCAGGCGACGACAGAAAGGAUGCGAUUCGUCCUACUGCUUUUACCAAGAGAUCCCAAAGCAAUGGGAGCAUAUUCAACACAUUCCGUAAGAGCAAAGAAGCAUCACAAGCCGCUGUUGAUCAGCCUUUUGCCCCACAGAAACGCAAGUCUCAAGUCCUACCGAAAUCAGACGUCCAUUUAGAGAAAAAGCAAGGCCCGGAUCAAUCGAUUCAAAAAAGAAAACCUACACCUCUCAAUUUCGAACAAAUAACUCCAAAGAGUGAUCCACUUCCGCCUCCUCCAAAACCAUCAGUGUCUGUCGAGCUUCCACCGGCAGCCGAAGUACGACCCAAAAAUGACGCUGGUGAAGCCCUGUUUCCAAAAUCUCUUAGUGCUCAAGAAGUGGAAAGUAUCGUUUCUUUGGAGCGCUCGAGAUCUCUGAGAUCGAAUAAACGUGGUUCGCCAAUGUCAAACAGAAGGUCAUUUACGGACAAUAUUUCCGUAAACGCGCAACAAGAAGGCAUGUUUAUAACUCCUGCGUCUGAUAUCGUUAUUUCAACGCCAGAUUUGACCAAAUCACCGACCAGCAGCAUUUUAAGAAACGGGACUUUUGACUCGAGCGACCUGCAUAGAAAUUUGUCGGGCAAGGAUUCUAUCAACACCGGCUAUUUAGACCAGGCUAAUGGAUCAACUAAGUCACCAAGUCUUCUGCAGGAACGCGAUUUUUCCUUCACGUCAGUCGAGAAUAAAAUUAAUGGCUUGAGCCUUGAAAGCCCACAGAGAUUAAAGGCGUCGCCUAAAAGCCCAGUACGAUCUCAGCCUACGGGUCCUAGGCGUAACGACACACCUGACGUUGAGUUCAUGUCUGAUAUUAUGGAGUUUGCCAACAUCAUCGAUUUUGGAAACGACAUCGAUCUCAGCUUAGACUUUGAGGAUCAAAAGUACCAGUAUGGCUCUUUAAAUCCAUCCUUACAAAAAAAGGACUAUCCUCUUUCAAAACCGGACACUGGCGCUGCGGACUUAUUCAAUUUCGAGUCAAGUCGUCCUUACUCAUGGGAUAGAGAAAUUCCACCCGAACAAUCCCCCGAAGCCACAAACCAAAGAGGUCGGUCCCACAAUUUAGCACCUCUUGCUGAAACCUCAGCGUUAUUCAAUGAUGAGGACGAGCACGAAUUCGAGGGUGAAGAUUUCAAUCAAGCCGAACAAGCACUUGAAAGCCCUACCAUCCAAGCAUAUAUUCCGCAAACGGCGCAGACAGCGCGGCCCCUAUCGCUCUCGUUUAGAGGCCUUCGCCAAAAUUACAUGGAAAGCCCUACAAUAUCGAGCUUUCAAGCUCCAAUGGUAAUAAACGGUGAAUUUUCCGGCUCCAGUUCUUUCAGCAAAAAAGGUGUCACUUUCUCUAGCAGAAUCGUUCUCUUCACUACUUACGCCGAGGACGAAUAUGAUAGACAUCCAGAAAUUGCAACUUGCAACCAGCUAACACCUCAAUUAGCACAGAUGAUCAAGGACGAACUCAAUACACUAAAGUCUGAAAUGGAGAUCCAUGAAGAUUCGCAACGGUACACGCACUAUUUUUAA